CGGCGAGGCUGGGCCGGCGGCGUCGGCGGCGGGAGACGGGUGACCCGCGGCGGGGCGCCUCGGCCAUGACUGCGGAGCUGCAGCAGGACGACGCGGCCGGCGCGGCCGACGGCCACGGCUCGAGCUGCCAAAUGCUGUUAAAUCAACUGAGAGAAAUCACAGGCAUUCAGGACCCUUCCUUUCUCCAUGAAGCUUUGAAGGCCAGUAACGGUGACAUUACUCAGGCAGUCAGCCUUCUCACUGAUGAGAGAGUUAAGGAGCCCAGUCAAGACACUGUUGCUACAGAACCAUCUGAAGUAGAGGGGAGUGCUGCCAACAAGGAAGUAUUAGCAAAGGUGAUAGACCUUACUCAUGAUAACAAAGAUGAUCUUCAGGCUGCCAUUGCUUUGAGUCUACUGGAGUCUCCCAAAAUUCAAGCUGAUGGAAGAGAUCUUAACAGGAUGCACGAAGCAACCUCUGCAGAAACUAAGCGCUCAAAGAGAAAACGCUGUGAAGUCUGGGGAGAAAACCCCAAUCCCAAUGACUGGAGGAGAGUUGAUGGUUGGCCAGUUGGGCUGAAAAAUGUUGGCAAUACAUGUUGGUUUAGUGCUGUUAUUCAGUCUCUCUUUCAAUUGCCUGAAUUUCGAAGACUUGUUCUCAGCUAUAGUCUGCCACAAAAUGUACUUGAAAAUUGUCGAAGUCACACAGAAAAGAGAAAUAUCAUGUUUAUGCAAGAGCUUCAGUAUUUGUUUGCUUUAAUGAUGGGAUCAAAUAGAAAAUUUGUAGACCCGUCUGCAGCCCUGGAUCUAUUAAAGGGAGCAUUCCGAUCAUCUGAGGAACAGCAGCAAGAUGUGAGUGAAUUCACACACAAGCUCCUGGAUUGGCUAGAGGACGCAUUCCAGCUAGCUGUUAAUGUUAACAGUCCCAGGAACAAAUCUGAAAAUCCAAUGGUGCAGCUGUUCUAUGGUACUUUCCUGACUGAAGGGGUUCGUGAAGGAAAACCCUUUUGUAACAAUGAGACCUUCGGCCAGUAUCCUCUUCAGGUAAACGGUUAUCGCAACUUAGACGAGUGUUUGGAAGGGGCCAUGGUGGAGGGUGAUGUUGAGCUUCUUCCCUCUGAUCACUUGGUGAAGUAUGGACAAGAGCGUUGGUUUACAAAGCUACCUCCAGUGUUGACCUUUGAACUCUCAAGAUUUGAGUUUAAUCAGUCCCUUGGUCAGCCAGAGAAAAUUCACAAUAAGCUGGAAUUUCCUCAGAUUAUUUAUAUGGACAGGUACAUGUACAGGAGCAAAGAGCUUAUUCGGAAUAAGAGAGAGUGCAUUCGAAAGUUGAAGGAGGAAAUAAAAGUUCUGCAGCAAAAAUUGGAAAGGUAUGUGAAAUAUGGCUCAGGCCCAGCUCGGUUCCCGCUCCCUGACAUGCUGAAAUAUGUUAUUGAAUUUGCUAGUACAAAACCUGCCUCAGAAAGCUGUCCACCUGAAAGUGACACACACAUGACAUUACCACUUUCUUCAGUGCACUGCUCCGUUCCUGACCAGACAUCAGAGGAAAGUACGAGUACAGAAAGCUCUUCUCAGGAUGUUGAAGGUACCUUUUCUUCUGAAGAUUUGCAACACAAGUCUAAACCACUUACAUCUUCUCGGUCUUCCAUGGAAAUGCCUGCACAGCCAGCUCCAAGAACAGUCACAGAUGAGGAGAUAAACUUUGUUAAGACUUGUCUUCAGAGGUGGAGGAGUGAGAUUGAACAAGAUAUACAAGAUUUAAAGAAUUGUAUUGCAAGUACUACUCAGACUGUUGAGCAGAUGUACUGUGAUCCUCUUCUUCGUCAGGUGCCUUAUCGCUUGCAUGCAGUUCUUGUUCACGAAGGACAAGCAAAUGCUGGACACUAUUGGGCCUAUAUCUAUAAUCAACCCCGUCAGAGCUGGCUCAAGUACAAUGACAUCUCUGUUACCGAAUCUUCCUGGGAAGAAGUUGAAAGAGAUUCCUAUGGGGGCCUGAGAAAUGUUAGUGCUUACUGUCUGAUGUACAUUAAUGACAAACUACCCCACUUCAAUGCAGAGGCAGCCCCUAAUGAGUCAGAUCAAAUGUCAGAAGUAGAAGCUUUAUCUGUGGAACUUAAGCAUUACAUUCAGGAGGAUAACUGGCGAUUUGAGCAAGAAGUAGAGGAGUGGGAAGAAGAGCAAUCUUGCAAAAUCCCUCAAAUGGAGUCCUCUACCAACUCCUCAUCACAGGACUUCUCUACAUCACAAGAGCCUUCAGUAACCUCUUCUCAUGGGGUUCGCUGCUUGUCAUCUGAGCAUGCUGUGAUUGUAAAGGAGCAGACUGCCCAGGCUAUUGCAAACACAGCCCGUGCCUAUGAGAAGAGUGGUGUAGAAGCGGCACUGAGUGAGCUUAAAGAAGCUGAACCCAAGAAGCCCAUGCCCCAGGAAACAAACUUUGCAGAGCAGUCAGAGCAGCCUCAAAAGGCUAAUGAUGCAGAGUCUACUGCCCAACCUAAUUCUGAGGUCUCUGAAGUCGAGAUUCCCAGUGUGGGAAGGAUUCUGGUUAGAUCUGAUGCAGAUGGAUAUGAUGAGGAGGUGAUGCUGAGCCCUGCCAUGCAAGGGGUCAUCCUGGCCAUAGCUAAAGCCCGUCAGACCUUUGACCGAGAUGGGUCUGAAGCAGGGCUGAUUAAGGCAUUCCAUGAGGAAUACUCCAGGCUCUAUCAGCUUGCCAAAGAGACCCCCACCUCUCACAGUGAUCCUCGACUUCAACAUGUCCUUGUCUACUUCUUCCAAAAUGAAGCACCCAAAAGGGUAGUAGAACGAACUCUUCUGGAACAGUUUGCAGAUAAAAAUCUUAGCUAUGAUGAAAGAUCAAUCAGCAUUAUGAAGGUGGCUCAAGCGAAACUGAAGGAAAUUGGUCCAGAUGACAUGAAUAUGGAAGAGUACAAGAAGUGGCAUGAAGAUUAUAGUUUGUUCCGAAAAGUAUCUGUGUACCUCCUCACAGGCCUAGAACUCUAUCAAAAAGGAAAGUACCAAGAGGCACUUUCCUACCUGGUAUAUGCCUACCAGAGCAAUGCUGCCCUGCUAAUGAAGGGGCCUCGCCGGGGGGUCAAGGAGUCCGUGAUUGCUUUAUACCGAAGGAAAUGUCUUCUGGAGCUGAAUGCCAAAGCAGCUUCUCUCUUUGAAACAAAUGAUGAUCACUCUGUAACCGAGGGCAUUAAUGUGAUGAAUGAGCUGAUCAUCCCCUGCAUUCACCUUAUCAUUAAUAAUGACAUCUCCAAGGAUGACCUGGAUGCCAUUGAAGUCAUGAGAAACCAUUGGUGCUCUUACCUUGGGCAAGAUAUUGCAGAAAAUCUGCAGCUAUGCCUAGGGGAGUUUCUACCCAGACUUCUAGAUCCUUCUGCAGAAAUCAUCGUCUUGAAGGAGCCUCCAACCAUUCGACCCAAUUCUCCCUAUGACCUGUGUAGCCGAUUUGCAGCUGUCAUGGAGUCAAUUCAAGGAGUUUCAACUGUGACAGUGAAAUAAGCUCCCACGUGUUCCAAGGCCCAUUCUGGUUUCUGGCUGCCUGCCCCCUGCACAGAAGUCUGUUGUCACAGUGCUCACCUUGGGAAAAGGAUUAGGUGGGCACGUAAGAUUCCAAUUCAGACCCCAACCAUGCUGGGUGUGUAAAGAAGGAUUGAAAAUAAAAUUGCACUUUUUAGGUACAAAAUCAUAAAAGCUAUUUCACUAGAAAAGGUGGAAACCAGUGUAUUAAGGUGUUGAAUUAUGCCAGAAGACCUGAAAUGCCUUGUACCUACAAUAAUGCUUAGCCUUGCCACUUUUAAAACUAUCCUUCAGGCAUAAAUAUUUUUGACAGCAGAAUAGAAUGAUUCAUGAGAACCUGAACUAGAUGAACAGCUACUAGUUAUUUUAUCAAAUACAGACAACAUUUAAAAAUUCUUCACUACAAGAGAUUAGAAAUAUAAACCUUGCCUGGCUCUUGACAGGAGAUGACAGAUGGGUUGCUGAUGAACGCUUUUACAUGUGGGUAGAAUGUAAGGUCACAUGGCAGUAAGAUGUUGAAAAGUCAAGAGACCUGUCUCUCUCCUUUCUUUUCUAUCUUUAAAUAAACCAGAAAACCUCAUACCCAGUCCUCAGUGAAAGAAACAAAACCAUUAAGGACUUCAGACAGAACAGCAUUUUGUAACUUGACUAAAGAUCAUGCGUUAAUAGUUGUUAGGCAUUUAGGUAAAAUUUUCUAAUAUCUGAAAAUUGUCAGAAACAGUUAAGGCUGCUCCUGGCUCCAAAGACCAUUUUGGUCUGCCUCCUCUUUUUUUUUUUUUUUUUUUUUUUUUUUCCCCUGAGAUAGUCUCAUUGUGUUGCCCAGGCUAGAGUACAGUGGCAUGAUCUCAGCUCACUGCAAACUCUGCCUCCUGGGCUCAAGUGUUUCUGGUGACACAGCCUCCCAAGUAGCUGGGAUUACAGGCAUGCGCCACGACUAGCUAAUUUUUGUAUUUUUAGUAGAGACGGGGUUUCACCAUGUUGGCCAGAUUGAUCUCGAACUCCUGGCCUCAAGUGAUCUGCCUGCUUCAGCCUCCCAAAGUGGUGGGCUUAUAGGCAAGCCACCACACCCAGCAUUCUUUUUUACCCUUACUUGUAAUUUGUAAAAAUGGAAAAAAAGAAAGAAAAAAAGAAAAAAAUAUAAAGCGAAAGAAAGAAAGCACCAUACAUACGUAAAACUAUAUAUAUGUAUAUGUAGAGAAAAAUAUUUCCCGUUAAUCAUUUUUAAAAGACUUCUGAUUGGAUAUUGUAUUUUAACCAAAUUUUAAAGAGUAAUGGAGGAAUCAUGAAAGGGAAAAACACUUGAUACAACUAUGCAGAUUUUAUAAAUGUGCAAUAAAAGUAUUUGUUUUA